AUGAUUAUCAAUAAUGGUUAAUAAAACCAAGAAGCUUAAAGUACAAGAAUGUCAUAUUUGUACCUAAAAUUACUCUUAUUGGUGCUGAGUAUUGGUAUUAACUCAACUGUUUAUUCUAGUAUUCCUUUCAUAUUUUAUUAAUCUCAGCUAGAAUGCUUAGAUAGAAAAACUGGCAAGACAUAUAAAUGUUCUUAUUAAGAAGCUUGUGAUCUGGAGAGUUAUAAAAUAUCAAGCGAAUAAAUGUAUCCAUAAAUUUACAGCAUAACAUAGUACUUAGGUUUGUUUUGUGACCGUUCAAUUUUAGAAGUGUAUAUUUUAACUUCAGGCACUUUAGGAAGGCUGUUUGCAAAUAUAUUUUUAGUAUUGAUUCCAAUCAAGAAAGAAUAGAAAGAAAUUAUUAUGGAUAUUUUCAUAUUUAUCACAGGCUUGUCAUUAUGCUUAUUAUAAUUUAUUUCUUCUUUAGAAAUGUUCAUUAUCUCUUUCUUCAUUUGGUACUUUUGCUUUAGCUGUGUGUAUGUUUUAGUAUUUAUCUUUAUUGAAGAGUUUCUACCAAAUAACAAUCAAAACAAGGCCAUUGCUCUAACAAACAUAGCUUGGCCUGUAUGCACAGUAGUGUAUGUAACCUUCGCAUAUUACUAUGGGCACUGGAAGAAUACUUUGGUUCAUUUCGUAGGCAUUCCUUGUAUUUUAAUUUCGAUCAGCAACUUUAUUUUAGCCUUUUUUUCACCUGCAUAAUAGAAUCAGUAAUCCUAAUUAGAAAAUCAAUAAGGAUAAAUAGAUGAUGAACAAUAAAUGGAUUAAGAUGGAAAUAUUCUUGUUGAAUCUGAAGUUACGCCACUGAAAGGUUAAUAAUCUAAGAGCAUAGAAAUAUACACAAAGGAAGAGAAUGAAAAAUUUAAUGACUAGUAAUAAAGCAAUAUAGCACCAUAGUAAGAUGUAAAUAAGCCAAUUAAAGAAACUGAUAACUGUUUAUAUAAGUAUUUUCCAUUUAUGUUUCAUAAAGUUACCAGAAAUAACUUUUAUAUAUGGACAUUUUGCUGUGUGUCAAUUGGAAUCAAUUAUGCUAGUUGCUAUUAUUUCCUUAAUUAAAUUUAAGGAGAUAUUUAUGUAAACUCAUUGUUUUCCACACUGUUUGAGGUAUUUGCUUCAUUAAUUGCCACUUUUUUAGUUGUGACCUUUCCAAAUAAUUUAAAAAUAAUUUCAACUUUGGUUUUCUUAUUUACUGGAUUAGCUUUUGUCUCUUUGAUAUUUUUUUAUGAACCAAAAAGCAAUUUGGAUUAAAAUUAUAGUUACUUUUAGCUUUUUAUAGUCCUCUUUCCCAUAAUUAUAGCCAAGAUAAGUUUUGAUAUUGGAUGGAUUGUUUUAAUUUCUUAUCUCAAAAAAGUUAUACCUAUAAGUUUCUAAUAGUAAUAGUUCUCUACUUCAAAUUAAUUACAUGCUCUAGCUGUAAGUUUUAUGCCAUCAUAUAGAUACCUUUGUAUCCGAUACGAUUUGAAUCCUUUUGUAGGAUUAGGAGUUAUUAGUUUAUUAGCCUCUAUCAGUACUCUCUUUUUUAUUGAAUUAAGUGAAAAUGAUUGUAAUCAACACAAUUAAAAAGAAACCCAAUAAAAAACUAACCAAGAAAAAAAUAUUGAGAGUUGA